AGGAAAGUAAGCCAAGAAAGCAGAGCUAAGGCAGGACCUCCAGGAUCUCCAAACUAACCAGCUUUGCAAACCUUGUUCGAAUUCAAGAAGAAGUAGUUAGAACUGCUGUAGGGUGUAAGAGCACUGAAUCGUCUGCUAUAAAGCUCUACCUUCGCUGCUAUGAGUCUGCUCAUCUUAUUCUCGGUACUCUUUGCAUCUCUGAGCGGUGGCAGAUGUGCUGUGAUCACUGGAGCAUGUGACAGGGACGUCCAGUGCGGCAUAGGGAUGUGCUGUGCGGUCAGCCUGUGGCUGCGGGGCCUACGGAUGUGCACGCCAGAGGGGUUUGAGGGAGAUGAGUGUCAUCCGUUUAGCCACAAAGUCCCUUUCCCUGGAAAAAGACAGCAUCACACCUGCCCCUGUUUGCCUCAUUUAGUGUGCACUAGAUUUGCUGACAGCAGAUACCGGUGUACUAAAGAUUACAAAAGUAUAGACUUUUAAUCAUUUAGUUAAGGUAUAAAGAAAACAGAGGACUGACAAUUAUGAAAAAUGAAUACUUGAAAGAAAAUUUUAAGGAGUAAGUGCCAUAGUCCCUGUUUUUUUUUUUUUGUUCGCCACCUUCAUGCACUUUGCACUAUACACCCUUAUCAUCUUUUCAAAAUAGUAGCGGAGACCCAUAAGUGGUUCAGAAAUACAAUGUCAUACUUGUUUACUUUGGCAUCUAAGAAGCCACGUACAGUGAAACAC